CCGGAACCGGAAGCGCAGAAAAUAAUCGGAACAAUUCCGCGUUGCCCAUCCAUCCCGGAAAUAUCCCCAAGGAAACCCUCGCCCCCCUCCUUCCCCGCCGCCGGUCGCCAGAUCUCCGGCCAUGGACGACGACGGCGGGGCCUCCCGGUCGCCCUCGCCGUCCCCGUCGCGCUCUCCGUCUCCGUCUCCGCUCCCCGUGGCCGACCCCGUCACGGUCGCCGCGGCGCCGCCCGGCCACGUCGCCGUCGCUAUCCCCCUCCGCAAGCACUCGCCUUCCUCCGGCGGCGGCGGCGGCGGCCGCGAGGACGCAUGGAGCGACGGCGCCACCUCCACGCUCAUCGACGCCUGGGGGGAGCGCUUCGUGGCGCUGGGCCGGGGCAGCCUCCGCCACCCGCAGUGGCAGGAGGUCGCCGAGGUCGUCUCCUCUCGCGACAGCUACUCCAAGGCGCCCAAAUCCGACGUCCAGUGCAAGAACCGCAUCGACACGCUCAAGAAGAAGUACAAGGUCGAGAAGGCCAAGCACGACUCCGACUGGCGCUACUUCGACCGCCUCGACGACCUGCUCGCUCCCGUGCUGCUCAAGCCCAAUUCUUCUUCCUCCUCGGCUGCUGCUGCUGCGGCGGCGGCGGCGGCAGCCCGGAGCGCCGGGCCCAUGGUCCCUCCGCGCAUCAACUUCCCGCAGCGCACCCGCACGCCCCUCCACUCCUCCGCGGGGGCAAAGUGGAGGAUGCCGUCGCCGCUGCUCCAGCCGUCGGCGUCGUCCGACUCCUCCGACGGGUUCCCGCCGUCCGCGGUGGCGAACGGCAAGAGGCAGCGCGUGGAGGAGCCCGCCGCCGCCGCCGCGGACAACGGCGCGGAGAGCAGCGUCAGCCGCGCGCAGGGUCUGCGCGAGCUGGCGCAGGCGAUCCGGCGGCUAGGGGAGGUGUACGAGCGCGUGGAGAGCGCCAAGAGGGACCAGGAACUCCGGAUGGAGCGGGAGCGCCUGGACUCCGCCCGGCAGCUGGAGGAGCAGCGCGUGCAGUUCUUCCUCAAGAUGCAGAUGGAGCUCUCCAAGGCCACGGGCGGCGCGGCCACCGCCACGCCCACGCCCAUGGCCGUCCCGAUCCCUACGGACGGCAACGGCACGCGGAGAGCGGGCGUGACCGCCGAGGUCGCCACCAGCAGCAAUCACCGCGUUCGGUACCGCAUCAAGGGCAGCAGGCACCAGCAUGCCCCGCAGCAGGCGCAUUACCAGAACAGCACAAGCCCCACCGGGGGCGAUGACAACGGCAGCGACUCGGACAAGGAAGCCCAGGAGGAUGCGGAAGACGAAGAUGAAGAGAGCCAGUGAUUGCUCUCCUCUUCAGCAAUGGAAUGGUAACUCAACACAAAAUAGUGUGGGGGUGACUGUGUGUAACUUGUACCUGCCAGUUUGUUCCCGUGAUUGUGGUCUGUUGUCUUGGAGAGAUUGUCAUCGUAUGUAACAUGCUUACUUUUGUGGGAAAUUGUUAGCUCUAUUUGUGUUUAUUCUUGGAAUGAGUAUUGCUGUCCUAGAGAGAAUAUGUUCAUAGGACUGCUUGG